AUGAUAUCAACUUGUUAUCUAUUCGUAAUUAGACAAAAUUUUUAUUCCAAAGCAUUUAUCAUUGUGUCAUUCUGCGUGGCUGCUUCGCUCCAGUUGACAAAAUUUACGCCCUGCGACAAUAAUGAACCAGUGCCUGAAAAUUUGAACGUUGAAAAUUGUGAUAUUGAACCAUGCCCAUUUUACAAAGGGUUCAAUGUUAAUGCAUACUGGGACUUUACAGCAGUUAAUUAUACCACCUCAUUGAGACCAGAAGCUAAACUUACUGCCUUUGGAUUCUUAACCCUUCCGUACUCAAUUCCCGAAAAAAAUUCUGUUAGCACUCUUGCAUAUGGCGAAACAUUUCCCCUGCAAGCACUUGAUACAAGAACUUAUCAGCUGAGUAUGCCUGUGAUAGAUGCAGCUGUUCCGAAUGUUGAAUUUGUUGUUAAACUGUCGUUAAUUGAUAAUAAUGAUAAUGUUCUCAGUUGUUUCAAAGUCAGAGCAGAAGUUUUGAUCCCUCAAUAUAUUGACAAUCAAUUAUCACCGUAA